UGCUGUCGUUCAGGUUCUGUUCUGAUCUUCGUAGGUUUUUGAGGGGUUUGUCUGGUCGGGUAGUGUGUGUGGGCGAGUGGCGUUGCGGUGAUUCGGUGAACGUGGGCGACUUGGGGGCGUUCAUGGCCAGAUCGGUAGGUGGUUUGAGCUGAUUCGGUGGAUACAGUGUUGUCCAGGCAGAUUUCGGGGAGGAAUCUGGACUUCUAGGGGUUUUUCUUCACAAGUCUUAGUCCUCUUAGCUUCGCCGGUUACAUUGCGUGGUUGACGAGCGAAACAUUUCGAUUUCUACGCGUUUAACGUGCGUAUUUCGCGUCCAAAUUUAUACCAACUUGCAUAUAUGAAACAAGUUAAAAUUUCCUGGAAGGAAAUAAGGAGGAAACUGGAUCCUGGUAGCUUGUACGUUGGUACGGUAUCGUUGGUCCUGUACAUCCCUGUAUUUCCUUCGCGAAAUGAUAUUUCAACUAGCGACUGGCUUUAAUAUUGUUCUGGUGCUGUGUCUUACAGAAGUUCUCAUGGGAAUUUGGCAAUUAUAUGUGCCUAUGUUUACCUUAAUGCCCAGAUUUCUUGGGCUUAAAGUGAUGCUCCGUACCUAAUAUAGGUUGUGUAGUCAAAGUCAAAAGUCCCUGCUUGCAUCCCGAGCCAUGAUGGAUUUGGAAUCAGAUUUGGUUUCUAGUUAGGCUAUGCACGGUUGUUAUGAUGUCUAUGUUGAAUCAACUUUUAGUUGUGAUGAUGCGAUUAUGCGACCAUAUGUCAACCAAAUUCACCCAUGUUAAGUUUCAUUCUCACAUUUUUUUUUUGCAGGGGCAGCUUGUAGCAGCUGUUUCUUCUGCAUAUGCACUAUCUAGCGUUGAUAUCAUUUCAAAGGAGGCCAUAGUCUCCUGGAUUUUGUAUGCCUUGUUAUCUGGAAUUGGUUACCGUAUAUGUCAUUUCGUAGCAUAGUCCGUGAUGUUAGGGAUGGCUUCGGUAGCUUGUCCAGGCGCAGCUUUGAGGUGACCCUCGCAAGUAUUUAUGGCCUUACCGGGCAUCACAAAGGGAAGACCCUGAGCUCAUCUCAUGAGCUCAAUGACUCACCUUCCAUAAUCCGAGAAAGCCACUGGGCAAGCCUACCUCCUGAACUCAUCCGUGAUAUAAUACGGAGACUCGAGGCUGAUGAGAGCACCUGGCCAGCACGGAAGCAUGUUGUUUGCUUUGCAGCUGUUUGUAGGACAUGGAGGGAAAUGUGUAAAGAGAUUGUGUUGAGCCCGGAGUUUUGUGGGAAGCUCACCUUCCCUGUGUCUCUAAAACAGCCUGGUCCUCGAGAAGGAAGUACAAUGAUUCAAUGUUUUAUAAAGAGGAAUAAGUCAAAAUCCACCUACCAUCUCUACCUGUGCCUUAGCAAUGUUGUUACUUCAGAAAGUGGGAAAUUCCUCUUAUCAGCUAGAAGACACCGCAAGACCACAUGCACAGAGUACACUAUAUCAAUGGAUUCUGGCAGCACCUCAAGAUCAAGCAGAACCUACAUUGGAAAAAUAAGGUCAAACUUCCUUGGUACAAAAUUUUUAAUUUAUGAUACACAGCCACCGUAUAAUGGGGCUGUAGUUUCUCCUGUCGGAAGGACCAGCAGGAGGUUCAACUCCACAAAAGUCUCUCCGAAGUUGCCUUCUGUUAGUUACAACAUCGCUCAGGUGUCAUAUGAGCUAAACGUCCUUGGCACAAGAGGUCCAAGGCGGAUGCGUUGCAUCAUGCACUCCAUACCUGCCUCAUCAGUGGAGCCAGGUGGCAUAGUACCAGGACAGCCAGAGCAGAUUGUACCUCGAGCUCUGGAGGACUCAUUCCGCAGCACUGCUUCCUUCUCGCAGUCAUUCCGUAGCACCACCUCAUUGUCCAAGUCCAUCAUGGACUCAUCCAUGGAUUUCAAUAGCGCUCGCUUCUCCGACAUUGCUGGCAGCAGUGCUCGCUUCUCGGGCAUUGGCAGCAGUGCUCGUAUCUCGGGCAUUGCUAGCGGCAGAUUGGAUCACGACGAGGACAGUGAAAUCAAGGAGAGGCCACUGGUUCUUCGUAAUAAGCCACCUAGGUGGCAUGAACAGCUGCAGUGCUGGUGUCUCAACUUCCGUGGCCGUGUGACAAUCGCGUCCGUGAAGAACUUCCAGCUGAUUGCCGCAACAACCCCACCACCGGCAGGUGCUCCAACUCCCUCGCAGCCUGCUCCAUCAGAUCCUGACAAGGUGAUUCUACAGUUUGGAAAAGUGGCAAGGGAUAUGUUCACGAUGGACUAUCGCUACCCCCUCUCGGCUUUCCAGGCGUUUGCUAUCUGUCUGAGCAGCUUUGAUACAAAAUUGGCCUGUGAAUAAUCGGAGAAAAAGGUAAAAGAGAACACAGAUGCCCUGGAAUUAGGCCCUCGGUAUCUCUUUGUAUUUCCAGUCGUGUUGUCUUGGUUGUAAUUGUGUUUGCUUGCUGUAGCCAUGAAGUGGACAUAUGUGGGAUGCAUGUAUUGUUGGCCCCCUCUCUCCAUUUGAUAAAAAGUUCCAUUAGGAGGACCACAUGUUACCCGAUCUGUAAUAUACUUGCAGUGGCAUUGCCACAUGAUAAGAAAGUCCCCAUUGGUGAUUGUACC